CCCCUCUGCUCUGCCUGCGCCCGCCCGCCCGCCCGCUCACAGGCGCUGCCUGGCAGUGCCAUUACUGCCCCCACCCGUCUCUCCAGGCCCGAGCAGAGCACGCCAGGGGAACCGGGUUCCUCGUCAUGGCCGGUGACCGCCGCGGCGGGUCGCCCACGGUGGAGCGCCGGCGGGGGAUCCGGCGCCUCCUGCUGCCACGAGGGGAGGCCUCCUCCUCCUCCUCCUCGGCGCCGCUGCCUCCGCCGGCCGCGCCCGAGGUGGGGCGGAGGAAGGGCUUCGCCUCCGCGGCGCUGCGCGGGCUGGGCUGCACGUCGGCCGCGGCCUCGCAGGCGUACGCGCCAGGGGCGGGCUCCGCGGCUGCGGCGGCCGUACGGUCGUCCGCCGACUGGCACGGGCGGAGGAAGAAAGGGAAGGACAGGAGGAAGGAGAGGGGAGGAGGUGGAGGAGGCGGCCUUGUGGGCGGAGGGAUCGGCGGCGACGUGUGGUGCGCCCCGGGGAUACCGUUCGCCGCGGAGGCGUCCUCCGUGGACUGCGUGGUGGCGCGCCACCAGAUGCUGGGGAGGGGGCGCGGCGGCGACUCCGAGAGGCCGCACAGAGAGCGGCCCUGCCUGUCCCGGAGGGCGAGCAUGCAGGAGCAGAUGUCCUCGUCGUUCAUGGAGUCGCCGCCGCCGCCGCCGCUGCAUCACCUGGACGGCCCCUUCUUCGGCGCCGACCUGCUCCCCUCCGCGCGCCUCCGCCGGAUGCGCGGGUACCGCCCCUCCCCCGGCGGCCUCGAAGAAGAGAUCAUGAUGUUUCAGACAAGAGUGUUGUUGGGAGGAAUGAAUAUGUAUGAUCGGUACCAGGAUUGGCGCCUCGAUGUCGACAACAUGACUUAUGAGGAGUUGCUUGAGCUUGGAGAAAGAAUAGGGCAUGUCAACACAGGGCUACGCGAGGAUGAGAUAAUUCGCAACCUCAGGAAGGUCAAGCCUGAUUCAUCAUUCCGGUUUCCGACGGAAGUGGAGAAGAAAUGCAGUAUUUGUCAAGAAGAGUUUGAAGCAAAUGACGAGAUGGGGAGGCUGGGCUGCGGCCACAGCUACCAUGUUUACUGCAUCAAGCAGUGGCUUUCUCAGAAGAACGUUUGCCCGGUUUGCAAGACUGCUGUCACAAAGACUUGAACAAGUCGGGACUCCAGGCUACACCUAUUGUGUACCUGGGUGGACCUGAAAAGCCUCUCUUUGUUGUGUCUUGUACAGUCCGUUACAUGUAUUAUUAUUGUCUAAACACAACAUCCAUUCUUUUGCAUUUCCAGAUAGAAAUGCCAUAUUGCGGCGAUCUUUUAUCAAACAUAUGGGUUCUGGUA